AUGUGGAAUUGCAUACCACCCUUUCCCGAUAUCCUGCUGUCACGAUCGCUAUCCGCACUUGGUCUGCGCUUCUCCUCACAGAGAGCUGAUCCCAGUCUUGAGCCUCACAUUCUACCUCAGUUUUUUCUGGCUCGUCCAGAUUCGUGGCAGGUGCAACAUCGCAUCGUAGAGGCGCUGCUCGAUCAUUUAAAUCUUGGGUCAGCUGUCGGCAAUGAAUCACAUCGCAAGUGGGAGUCAUUUGUGUUUGAAGAUGUCAACGACGAUUUCUACUUCCACUUCCCAUCCUUCCCUCCCGCGGACAGAAUCACCAAUCACCCCAUACUCGAACUCAUUCCACCAAAUUCCCUCUCAAACCCGAAAGUCAAACACGUACUCGUACCUUCAAAACCUCUAACUUCAGAGGAUGAACGAAUAUACACCCCACAAUUCUCACCAUCUGCCUUCUUCCGUGCCGUGGACGAGUUCCGCUCUGGAACGGAAGACGCAAACACAGACACCUGGCGCAUCGGCGAAGCACUCAUAUACGGCGAAGUAGUCUCCAGCACCCAAACAAUGUUUGACAAAAACCCAUCUUUCUUCCGCACACUCCCCUCUCCUAUUGUCUCCCUUGCCACAGUACAAUUGGCAGGACGCGGCAGAGGUGGUAACGCGUGGCUCUCACCUGCAGGGUGCUUGCAGAUGUCGCUCAAGAUUCGUGUCGGGCUCAAAGGUUCUUCAGGUAAGACUGGCGACUUUUUAUUUAAUAGCCCCACAAUCCUCCCCUCUAACCUCGUAUUCAUCCAAUACCUCUAUGCGCUAGCAAUCAUCGACGCAUGUCACAUCCUAAACCCCACCUCUGAAUGGGCCCACAAAGUCCGUCUGAAAUGGCCUAAUGACAUUUAUGGCCUCUUCCCGUCUUCCCAAGACAGCCCAACAUCAAAUUCAAAGUCAACGCCGGAACCACGGAAAAUGGGCGGGAUACUGGUAAACACGAGUUUUGGCGGUGGCGUGGCAGAUAUAGUAAUCGGAAGCGGUCUUAACGUCCUAAACGCACCACCCAUCGCCUCACUCGCCCAACUCGCAUCUACACCUACCCCAGGGCUCUCUGUAGAACGCGUAGCAGCAGCAGUCCUCAUCUCCUUUGAGCGCAUAUGGAGUUCUUUUUUACAGAAUGAGGAACAGGGGUUUCACCCGUUCAUGGAUCAAUACCUCCGAUCAUGGUUACAUUCGGACCAACUCGUCACACUAACGAACCGGACUCCACAUCGAAGUGUCCGCAUCGUCGGUAUCACUCCCGACCACGGGUUGUUGCGUACUGUGCCGAUGGGCGGUGGAGAGUUCAUUGAUUUACAGCCUGAUGGGAAUAGUUUUGAUAUGAUGAAAGGGUUAAUAUCGACUAAGAAGGGGUAG